CCUCUCAAUCGAUCGCUGGCUGCAACCACCAUCAACCACAAUCAACCAUCUUCUUCUUCUUUUUCCCUAUCUUCAUCCAAGCUAGCUAGCUGGCUGACAGGCCAGUGUAUCAACCAUAUACCUCCACUUGAGUUGCCUUUGUUGCAGCAAUCAGAGCGAAAGCGUCCUUUGAACGAACAAGACCAUAUAACCAAACAAACAAGAUGGAAGAAUCUCCAGACAUCCCCAACAGUUUCCGCAGCAGCGUGAGCACCAACGGUCCUGCUGAUUCUGGUAGUUUCGAUCGACGCCGUGCGGGCAUGGCACGCCGGACAUCGUUUGGACAAAGUGUUCGUCAUUCGAUUGCCACUGUCCAAGAAUAUGCGCCUCGCACCAAUUAUCGAGAAUGGCCGCGGACAUUGACGUGUUGUUUUGGCGUCUUUAUUCCACUCGUGGUGUUGGUAUUCAUCAGUCUGGUCUUGGGCAUGCUCUUGGGCAAAUUGGAAAUGCAAAGUGAAAUUGACAGCAACAAUGCCGCCGUCUCGAGUCAAAUGGCAGAAUCCAAAUACAAGAAUACAUUUGCGACCGUCAUGCGGAAAUUGCCGGCCAUUUGUACCGCUCUCUUGCACAAGAAUACCAGUAGUGCCGUCGAUAUCUCAUUGCCGGCAUUACUCGAAGCCAGUAUGACCGAUCCACAAUUGUUGGAACGGUAUUUGCAAGUACCAAAUAAUGACAACGACGCCAAUGCUAGUAGUACUACCCAAAGCAGCAAGAACAAGAACAAGGAUAUGAACUACGCCGCCAUGGCAGAAUUUUAUGCCAAUUGUGGUCAAGCCGGUGCUACCUUUCAAACCAAUUGGCUCAACAACUUUGCACCCCUCGUCGACGACGAUGCGACCAUGACCUUUAACUUUAUCCGAUGCGUCGAUCGAGACUCACCGCUCAAAUUCAACUUGAUUGUGGCACCGACCCCAGAAGACAUGGAAGAUGCCAAACCGUCGAACCAAGCCGAUUUAUUCAUUUCGUCGUGGGAAGCCAGUCAACAAGCUUUGGAACAGGAAUACAAAAACGAAACAUAUUACACCGACUUGGAAGCCAUCAUGAAGAGUUUUGAAGAAGCCACGGGAGGAGAAAAGUGUUCCAUUAAUGCACCCGCUUCUGCCUGGUUCUGGUUCACUGUCAUGACCACUGUCGGGUACGGAAAUCAAACUCCCCGAACGGCCGGUGGAAGAGCAUUGACAUACACGCUAGGAUUCUUGUCCAUUCUGCUCUUUGGAGGCAUUCUCGCCACGGCAGGGAACAUUACCACGCAUAUUUGUAACGAUUUUGUACAUCGAUGCAAAAAAAAGUCCACGGGACCCAUCAUGAUUCUCUUAUGGGGCAUCCUAUGGUUGGUAUGGAUGUUCCUCAUUGGAUGGCAACAAUCCAGUCUCGAAAAAAUACGACUCGAAACGUACAUGUCGUGGGAAGAUGCCUACUGGUUUGCCUUUAUCAGCACUACCACCGUAGGGUUGGGAGACUUUUAUGUGGCGCCCGAAAUUCUAUUUGCCAGUGAUUUGCUGGGGUUGUGGGCUACGUUUUUGAUUGGAUUUGUCUUUUUGUCGUCGUGUUUGACCGAAUUGUCCCAAUUGUUGGGAAAGAACAUGCCCGAUUUGGCCGGGGAUCUCCAACGACAACUCAAAUAUGCCUACGACGAGAACAACCCAGACCAAGUGAUGAAUAGUCGGAGUGGUGGACGCAAUUCGCAAAGAACUGACAACAACAAUAACAACAACAACAACAGCAACUUUAAUGAGGGUCAACCAGGAGGAGGUGGAUUUUCGCAUCCCAUCUUGGGUGGAGGGAAAUCGGCCUUUCCCGAUGGAUCAGGACAUCGUCCCAACUCGAGGAAACUGCAGCUGCCAGCUCUAACGGAAGGCGAAGAUGAAUCGGCCAGCGGGGUAGCGGAACAAUCAGAUCCCGUUUUUCUAAAGCCAACACCUCCCAUCGCUGAGGAAUCGGCUCGGCCUUCUCCGCCAAAAACGACACCUCCCGUUGCAAAAACACCGCCCGCGGCAAAAACACCCAAACCUGCUGCCGCACCCGAACCUCCAAAGACACCCGAACCCCCAGUCGUAAGAAAAGCACCAGCGGCAAAGGCACCCAAACCUCCUGUCGCAAAAACACCACCCAAAACCACCAGUGCAAAAGCACCCGCUGCGAAAUUUCCGAAACAAUCUACACGUGCGCCCAAAAAGCCAGCAGAACCGACCCCUGUGACUGUCACCUUCAAAAACAACGGCACGGACCCAGCCAUGGCCUCCGCUGAGUUGUUUUAUGGAACCAAGCGGUGGGGUCCCUUGGGUAAAGGAGAUGCACCAAUUGCUGUUCAAAGCUUUGCUGGUCAGCAGUGGUAUAUUGCUGCCAAUGGUGUUUAUGCCAAGCUCUUCACGGUUGGGCAAGACGCACAGCAAACAUUCAGUAUUUAGGUUACCGUGGUACAGUGUGUUGUUUAUUGGUAGGUAUUGGAGUCAGUCGAGUCAGUGAAGACUGCCGUCAGACAGUGCAGUGAAUAUGUAGUUUAGCAUCCAUUUUCUAUUAGAUUGUUAGAAAGGAUGUACCGGUAAUAAUGGCACGGUACUUCGGACAAUCGCCCCUUGCUUGUCAAUAGCAAAACUUUGCUGUACUUCUCAAAACUAGGGCU